CAAGUGAAGCCUAUUUUCGGGAGGAGAGUCUUCUACUAAAGCUUGCACCCCCUGUUUUAGCUCAUGUGCCCUCUAUCAACAACAUGGAAGUCGAAUAUGUACUGCAAAAUGACGAGCGAUGAUCUACACAUUUGGUCUUUCUUCGAACGACCCGUACUUCACUGGUCUCGUUGGGUGCAGUUUUGUCCUAAGAGCCAGGAUUGCGGUGCAACCGUGCAGUGUAGAUAAAGUCAAGAAAGAAUCGUAGGAAGACGACGAAGUGACCACGCUAGCGAGAAACCAGAAAAUGAUGCGGCUGAGUUUCUGGAUCUGCGCGGCUGGCAAGCAACUUGGUGUGGUCAAUGGUGAUGCUAACAAACGCAGACAUGCUACAGGAUCUACUUCGGCUUCCACCACAUCCACGGAACCUUCAGCAGCAGGUGGGUGGACUGGAGGAACUGCAGCUCGUCUUCCUUUUUACUACUGGAGCCUAGACAGCAUCGUGAAAGAGGCGUUUACAGCUCUGAGAGAAGGUGUGAGUUCCACCUCCACAGCAGAUAAUUCUUUCGACAUUGAAGCUGCCGCAACAGACUUUUCUGCCCUGGACCUUGCCUUUCACAAUAGACCGGCAAAUCAGUUCGGUCCUUGUUCUUUUCAAAAUACUACAUUUGACACAUGCGUUUCGUCAGAAGUUUUGCGCUUGUGCCGUGGAGGUAAGACUGGACGAGAUGCAGAAGCAGGAGUUGGAAAUCAUCAGGCUACUGGUGGUUCUGGAUCAUCUGCCACUACUGGAGUUGUGUCUCCAGCAUCAAACACACCAAGGGACUCUGAACAGCACGCACAUUGUGGACCGAAAGACAAAGAAAUCAAGUUGGUUUGCAGUGCAGCUGAGUCCGCACUGGCGCAGCGGGAGAAGGAGCGCGUCCAUCAAGAGGGUAGCAUCAUGUUUCGCAACGCGAAAUGCGAGAAGAAAUGGGUACAGGAUGAGCAGGGCCUCCCAACGGUUCAGACGCAGUGCAUGUACGAGUUAUGGAAGAAAUGAUUGUCCGGCGCUUACGGAAAUGCAUGCAGGCUCGUUUUUGUUAUAUACAAGGAAGGCAGUUUUAUGCUGUGUUGUAGAUGGAACAGUGCUACCGCGUCAAGCCGACGUGCAACUACUUUGUUAUGAACAUGUUGAUGAUCUAACUCAUGUCUACGAAGAAAUCGAUUCCUGGAUGGCGAAGCAGACGACAAACAAAUCAGAAGGUGGUCCCGAUGCUAGCAUUUCUGCUCCGAAGCCCAAAGAUGAGACCACGAGUAAGAAUGGACGUCCACAUCGAGCGAGAUCAUUUGCGUCACCGGAGAUUGAAGAGCGUCGUAGACUAGCGAGGGAAAAGGAGGCAGCGAAGAAGGAGCAGAAGCACACGUGCAGUGCAGUACCUGUGGAGUUUUUCAAGCACGUCCCGAAGUGUUUUGAUUGGAGCAUUAGUGGCUCCGCAUGGGAGGAAUUUGGUGAAAGAGAUGUAUGUCCUUGGAUGGAGAUUUUUUGUCAAACUUGGAGUACUAGGAUCACGAAGCUGUCGUAAUUCAACCUCGCUGAAGUUUUUCCCUAAGUCGAGGAGGAUCACGACGCAGAUGUCGUGAUUCCCCUUCUUCUAGCAACAAGUUUGAAGGAGUUUCUUCAAGGUAGUUGGCGUAUCUCUACGCGCGCAGCGGUCGCGCAAGGUCCGUUCUGGAAUUCGGCGGUGGUUCCGGCUCAGUGUCUGUCGUCAUACAAGAAGGCAUGAAGCAGUGGAACCAGGACCUGGUAGACGGCAAGAUGAAGGACUUUUCUAGUACUUCAUCUUCAUCAACGGGAGGUACUAGCAAAACGAGGAAGAACAACGAUCAUCUUGACCAGUCAACUUGGGAAGAUGGUAUCGGAAUUCUACGAAAGGAAUUUGGUGUCUUGCCACGCGGAUCCACCAACGAAUACCGAUACUCGAGUGAAUUUUCAGCGCCGCCGAAUUGGUACCUUCCGCCUUCACACCGGAGCAUUGAUAUCCGAAAUCACGUGGUCAUCCAACCAAACGCCGCAACGUUUGGUGUAGAAGAUGUCUACGAAGGGCUCGAAGGCCUCAUGGAGAACGUAGAGUACGGCGCUCUCGCAGAAAACCGUCGUUUGUGCAAGAACCACUAUCAAAUUGUCGACCACUCGCUCAAUCCGAACGAGAGUGAGGUGUGGCUUCUUCGCGGCAUGCUGACAGAACCCUUUGAUUUCGUCAUGGCUGGUACUUUCGUGUAGCUUGCUGUUCUUGCCGCUUGCAAAAUGCUCUAUGUACUCAUACAAAAGAAACAAGCUACGCGAUCUAGAAGUUUUUAAUUCCUCAUGAUGAGCAUCUGCAUCUUUACUAGACGUGAGCGCCCGGUAGCACUCUUUCCACUCGGAUCAUCCACCCCCGGCACGCACUUCCUCAAUACCGGCGAGGUUCCGCCUCGCCGGCUCCUCCCCCGCGACAGCCGUCGGGCGGCGUUGAUCGUUGGAGCAAGAGUUGGGCGGGGGACGGCGUGCGGCCAUUGAUUGAAAAGGCACAGACCGAAGCUGUUGGCCUGUAGGUUUGCUCUUCUUUUGUUAGGUUUGGCUUUCGUUGCAGCGGUCGAGUUUGCAACUUAUCAAAAUUCGUCUUCUUGUGAUACGGUCAAAAGUUUUGGAUAGGAAUUUUGUAGGUUUCACCUUUCUUAGAUAUAAUCAAAAACUUUGGAUUCGGAGUUCCAAAUCUGAAACUUUGGAACAUUAAUGCGCCACUUUUAAUCUUAAGCGUUCAGCUUUGAGCUAUUAGCUUUGAAUUUUCAACUUCGAGCUUUCAACUUUGAACUUUCACCUUAUACAUAGUUUCGAGUUUUCAACUUUGAGCUUUCCACUUUGAGUCUUCAGUUUUGAGCUUCCAGGUGUGAGCUUUCAGCUUAAAGCUUUAAACUUUAUACUGAGGCACUGAGCUUCCAAUCUAGAGCGUUGCUCAACUUCGAGCAUUCGGCUUUGAGGCUGGAGCCUUCGACUUUCCGUCUCGAGGUUGAGCGUAAGGCUUUAGCUGAUAGAGUCAAAAGCAUAGGCCUUUUGUGCAAAAUUUUUAAUUUUAUCGCCCACGAAUUAAAUUAAGCCGCAGCGUGCUUUAUUUUAGUUUUGAUAGAUGCUCGAUGUUGUCGCGCCAGGGGUUCGUGUGUUGUGUUUGUUUGGUGAUUAGAAAAGAAGCGGAAAAAUUAAUUUGCGACGGGGGUCGCAUGCUUUUGGUUCAAGUGUUUUGGGUUCAGGUGUUUUGGGUUCGGGUGUGUUGGGUUCGGAUGUUGGAGGGGUCGUCGUUGAUUUGUUAUUUAUCUCUUUAAUAUUUUCGCUUCAACGUAAAAAAAUGGAGGUGAGUGCAUAUUUAAGACUUUAGAUAUUAAAAUUCUUUCUCUGGGCUUGGAUUUUUUAAAACUUAAAAUUUUUGCAGUUCAAAUCGUAUUACGAUUUGAACUGAGGUUUCGACUUUAUUUCGUAAAGUUUAAAUUUAAUACGCACCCGCGUGAAAAAUCUAACCAAUUCCCAGGGCUCGCAAGUUCUUAGGUUCAUGAGUUCCCAUGGGUUCGCAUGAGUUCGCAUGAGGAUGAGUUCAGGCGUUGGGGGUUCGGAAGUGGAAGAGUGAGAGUUUGGUGGGGUCGUUGUUGCUUUUUUAUCUACUUACUUAGCUCUCUAAUAUUAUCCGCUUUGUUGAGUAGUCGCGAGUCCUAGACCUAGUCCUCCAAAACUCAUACUCAACAUCUUCACAGAUUGCGAGGGCUGUUUAGUAGAUGAAUUUCGGAAGAAUCCGAAGUUGUUCGAUUACGUGAAGACGAUCGUAGUCGAAAGGGAUGACACCCUUGAGGGUGCUUACAGUGCCACAGGCGUAGCCGUGGCUCACAACCGGACGGGACCAUACAACCUCCUUUUUUCGCAUCUGAACAUGCGUCGCAAGCACGUGCGCCUUGGCUGCGGAGGCACCUGCGACGUCGAAGCGUGGGAAAGGGAAUUGCCGGCUUAAUAGCUUUAGAGGACGCACUAGAUAGAAGCCUCUGGUCAGAAAUAGGAAAGCAAAAGCCUGACCAUCGUCGUUCUACAUCAGGACCAACAGGAACAGUCGGGAAAAAACUGACAAUCCAACAACAAGCUAGAUUAGCGGGUCGAAUUCGUCCGGGAAAUCUUAGGCAGAUUGCCGAGUAGAUUUAUGUCAUCAAUAGCUUUAGAGGCACUGCGAGUUGCAGUCGUCUUUGAUUGACUCAAGCACGGGCAGGGGCUAUUCCCGAUUCAGUUUGAGUAUCCAGAAUGCACUGGAUAUUCGGAGGAUGAAAAAAUCUUGCCACGGCUGCAACGACUGAGUGACAACCUCCGGAAUCAGUAUGAAUAUUCACAAUCACUGAUAUGCACGACCUCGUCCUUACCGCAGCUUGAAAGAUUUCGCUGAGGCAUCAGUAGUGGCGCGAUGAAACGAACAAUGCGUGGCCGCCGGUCCUUGUGCCAUUGACUUCAUCCAAGUAAGGCAUGGAAAUCGUCAAAGGCCCCAGAGAUAUAUUCAUAUAUCAUGUUAUCUAGUAGAUCAUGAUGACCUCGUUCUCAAGUCAGGGCGAUCUUCGAGGUCUUUGAAGAUACA